GGAAACAGGUUCUUCCUCACGCGGCCUAACGGUGCCCUCUAGUGGACACAUCCGGGGUUAUCGGCGCCAUCCCUCAUUGAUGUCUACAGUUUGUUUUCUGCUCUUUGGUUCCAUGUGCGGAUUUAAAUCCCGUCUUGUUUUCUUAUCAAGAUGUUUCCAGCAGCAACAUGUUGCUCGGAUUCAACUUUGUUCUAAGGCAAUGCAGUUACAUUUGUCUUUCUGCUGUUCCCGUUCCUCCUCCGCGAGGACGCAGCAGGGCAGUGCGCUGGGUUGAGCGGCGCUGAAAGAAGCAAAGCGUGGAGAAGAAGAGUUCACCAAACUCCGAACAAAAGCUAUUUGGGAGUUAUUUAUCCGCUUUCAAGGGUCACCUCCACAGUGCCACUUUGGUCUGGGCUGAGUGAAAGAGCAACAAGCACCUGCAGGGCCCCAUCAGUUGCCCAAACCCCAUUACUUCAAUAUGGGUAACUUUUCCAGCAAGGACGGCCAUGGACCCACAGGGACCCAUGGUGACAGUUUCCACACUCCUCCUGCUUCUCCACAGAGUGAUGAGCCUGAUUCCAUGCCCGGUGUCCCCCGACUCCUUCCCCUUACAUCACCUCAACCUUCCCCUGCAGCCCCAGUUUCAUCUCCACCUCCAGUCCCAGUCCUCACAUCCAGUGGGAAGAAAACACAGUCCAGCAGCACCCUUACCUCUUCCAGUCCCCCUCCUGAUUGGAGGCCUCAUCCACCAGUCAGUUUAAACAGCUCCACCAUUGGCCCUGGAGUCAGCCCGCUUUACAACAAACCAGGAAGCACUGUGGGUAAAGGACAACCUGCUUUGGGGAGAAAUGGGGGUCCUCCUACCUCCACACCUUGGCCUCUGGUCUCCAAGGGGAAGACUGUGGCCAUCAGCCCUACAAAGAGCACCUCUUCUCUGUGUAGUGCCUCACCUGUGGUGGGCAGCGCUUCUGGGCACAACUGGAGGGAAAGAGACAGUGGUCUGAGUCAGUCUUUACUGCCCGCUCCCGAAGCUGGAGACAACCAGGGCGAGGAGCUGGAGAAGCUGCUGGGGGAGUGUAAAACAACACUGGGUGUCACUGCCAGUCAGGAUGGGUCCACGAACACAGCAGAGAUACUGAAGCAUCUACUGACAGAAGUGAAGAGUUUGAAGAGUACUUUACAGACGGAGCGUGGGGAGUGGCUGCAGUUCCAGGCUGACCUGCAGGUGGCGGUGUCAGUGGCAGACCGCCUGAGAGCCGAAGCCGAAGAAGAGCUGACCGUGCUCCGAGUGGCGCACAAGGAUGUGGAGCGGGAACUGGCUGCGUCCCAGCAGAGACAGAAGGAGGCUGACAUGCAACUGGUCACCCUGAGAGGGGAGUUAAAGGAGAGCAGGCAGAGACUGGCUACUCUCGCCCGGGCUCCAUGUCAGGAACCUGAGAGGCCCAAUGGACAACCAACCAACAGCUGUGAAAGCAAGGAAGUGACCCAGCGGGGCAGGGAGCGGGGAGCGUACAGGUUGGGGUUGGAGAGUAGGAGUCAGAAUGAAUUGACGAAGAAUGUUGUAAGCGAGGAGGCCAGAAGAGACUGUAAAGGUGUGACGAAGCGUUACCUGAGAAAUGUGACCAACGAGGACAGGAGUGGAGAGGAGGUGCGAUCCAGCGACACACGAAGGACGGCAACCACAGAGAGGUCAAGAAGCCUGUCCAGAUUACCUGCUUCCUCAGGCUCCCCCACCGUGCAGAAUGGAACUUCCCAGCCCAAUACUGCCUCAACAGUUGGACCCACAAACAAGAACUUGGGGCAACUAAGAGGCAGAAGAAGUCUGGAUUGGCAAGACAGCAGGUCAAGCACUGACACAGGAAAACGUGAGGAGUCUCUAAACAAAUACAACUCUGCCCUCACUGAGCUGCCUCCCACCAAAUCCCAGGAUGGUUUCAACCUGCUGCUGCGUCGCCAUGGAGGCUCAAAGAGAAACUCGCUGCUCCGCUGGUGUCAGAGUCGAACACAAGGCUACAAGAAUAUUGACAUCACCAACUUCAGCAGCAGCUGGGCCGACGGUCUCGCCUUCUGUGCCGUCUACCACACCUACCUCCCCUCACACGUCCCUUACACCGCUCUCACUCCGGAGAACAAGAGGGAGAAUCUCAGUUUGGCAUUCAAAACAGGAGAGACUGUUGGAAUCACACAAACCCUGACAGUGGAGGAGAUGCAGAGAGCAGGCGGUCCUGACUGGCAAAGGGUCCUGAGCUACGUGGAGAGCAUCUACCGUCACUUUGAGAUGUGACUGUCGGAGGUACUGACAGACAAUCAGGACUCUUCAAAGGAAACAAUGAGUUGUUUAUAACGAUGGCUCCCUGAAUACUAUAAUAUACCUUUUUGUUGUGUGUGUGUGUGUGUGUGUGUGUGUGUUUGUUUAUGGAAACUGGACAAACUUCUGUUUGCAAAAAGACUUUUUGACAUCAAGAUACCUGAUGAAAACAUGAUUUGGAAAAUGUUAAUUUGCUGCUGUGGUUUGAAGUUUCUUCUGCUUAGUUUUCUGUCACAUCCUUCAGAACAUGUCGUCUCACCAGGUAGAGGCUGUGGAAGUGGCGAGGCCCAAAGUAUUACGUUUUCAUUGGUUUGUGCCACCGUUGUAUGCAUUCUUAUAUCUUUCAUAUACUUAAUCAGCUGACUGAAUUUAGACUCAGUGAAAGCAGAUAGUUUAUCUGAAUCUGACAAACUGAGCAGGAGGGGAAGGAUUAAUAAAACACUUAUUUUAAACAAAAUGUGCCUCAUGAUAAACAUUCUCUUAAAUUUCUCUUUAUAUUUUCUCUUGAUUUUAUGUCAAGAGAACAUUUUUGUAAUCAUCCAAAUCAGCUCUUACUGUGUGCUGAAUGAAGAAUCCCACUUGUGGCCGAUUGUUUAAUUGAAAUGGGUAACGCCCCCCUAAACACUAUAAGGGCAGGUGUUGUGCCGUGUGCAAAUAAUCUGGCACAUGCCAAAUAAUAGGAGAGAUGCCACAGAACAGCUGUAAGAAGAAGAGCUUCAGCAGUAGUUACUUCGAGGUACUAUUAAAUAAACUUAGUAAACAUGGGAUUUUCCAGAGCGUCAGUGCUGGUGUUACAGGAAAAACCAAAAAGCAAUGGAACAACAGUAUUUCUUUAAUAAUCCAAUCAUUAUAAUCACACUAAAGAGAGAAGAGCAGCAAUGAGGACAAAUGGUUGAAUCCCAGAAAUCAAUAGGCACUAACAAAAUACAAACCAAGAUAAAAGGAAAUGUGUUCUUAUAUCGCUUCCUGCAUGAGGCCCAAUGUUAUUGUAGCUUUCAAAAAUAAAGUAUAUCAUUGACCACCAUAGACGAAUAUCUAGAUCUUUUUUUAUAGCAUUAUGAGGAAGGUAUCUGUACAGGUAGAGUUGCUGUAAAUGUCUACACACUGGUACUUCACUGACUGAAAGUACUGUAUCACAUCAUCUACCUUCACCAAAUCUGUAAGCAGUCCUUAAACUGCACUUUGUUUUAUCUGCCAACGUGUUCUGCUGAUGCUCUGCAAAGACUUUUUCGUGGACCUUUUUAGCACUCUGUAAAUAUGCACUUUUGUCAGCACCUUGUUGGUGUACGAAUGUAAUAAUGUACAGUACAGAUGUUACACAACUGCAUUACAGGAGUAACAUAAAGCAAAUGCAAGCCUACACAGACUUAUUCAUUCGGUUGCACCCUCACAGAUUCACAAACACACCCUUGUACACCAGUGCCGAGAAACGGAGCUUUUUGCCAAAGUCGUACGUGAUAAAUACUGGAAAGAAGUUUUCUUUCUUGAAAUGGACCAGUGUAAAACAUGUUCAUAUGUAACUAGUGAGAAAAAUUAUACCAAAGAAAUAAAAUGUUAAUAUGAA